AUGAGGGCUCCCUCACUGUUUGGGCCUGCGACGGCUGGCUUGUCAACCGUCCUCCGCCUUGGAUCUUUUCUCCAGUUGACCCCCGCUUACGGAUUGACCUUCCAAUCCGUCUCGCAACCCGAACUAGAUCUUUCGCCAUUGGGUCAAGUCGCCCUCACGGGAGACUUCGAUGCUGUCUCGCUCUAUCAGUACACCGAACAGUCGGACACAGCGACCGCGGACAACGAUGCGCAAUCCAUCCUCACCCCUCUCCCAAACGGGAUUUUCACGUCACUCUCGACAUCCAACGCCCACAUCCGUGCCAUGUGCCCCUUCACGAAGAAAGAUGGGACGUUCUCAGGUAUAUUCGUGGGAGGCAACUUCACCAGCUUGGGAGGGGUCGAAUCAGAGGGCGUCGCAUUGUACAAUCCGGAUUCGAACAAAGUGACGGCCUUGUCCGGUCUUUCGGGCUCGGUUUCAGCUUUACUCUGCGAUCAAGAGACGAAUAGUGUUUAUGUUGGAGGAAACUUCACUUACUAUAAUAUCUCGAACGCGGUGGCCUGGGUCGGGAAUGAAGGCUGGUCGAACUUGUCCUUUGGUGGUCUCAAUGGGCCCGUCAAUUCGAUCUUGAAGGACGGCAAUGGCCAUAUCAUUUGGGGCGGUUCCUUUGAUGGCAUCGGGAAUUCUACGUCGGUCGACAAGGGCCCGCAGGUGAUCAAUCUCCAGAAUGCUACGAUUACUUCCGACGCCGAGUCCUCGAUCAGCGGCUACAUUAGUCCUCGCAACAUUAUCUGUCAGACGAGCGGCGACGAUGGCUCUGGGAAAACGUGGCUACUCGAGAAGAACUCACCAGGAUACUGGCGCGCAGAGAUGGGAUUCGAGUAUACGCCCACCAAGUUCAGGUUGUACAACACUCAUUAUGAGGGACGAGGCACGAAAACGUUCCUGUUCCGGAGACUUCCAGAUGAUGGAAUCAUGAACCUGACUUACACCGAUCCUGAUUCCGGCAAUGCUGCUUACUGCGACCAGUCUUGCCCACUUUCCAAUAGCACAUCCGAAAAGUAUCGUGAGUUCACUUUUGUCAACAGUGUUGGCAUGAGCGGAUUCCAAAUCGAGGUCUUGGAUUGGUAUGGUAAUGGCGGUGGCCUAAACGGGAUUGAAGUCUUUGAAAGCAACAUCUAUGCAUACGCCAUGAAUGCUUUCAACGAACCUACGUGUGCAGACCUGAGUUAUCCAUCAAAAUCUACGCGCACAGGGUCAUGGUCCACGGCAGCAUCCGGCCAGAGCUCAUCCGAAUAUUUGACCACGCAGGUGACCGACUCUAACGCGACUAGCGCCUCAGUAGUCUUCGAACCGGAUGUCAAGCAAGCAGGCAAUUACUCGAUCAAGCUGUACACUCCUGGCUGCGAUCAGGACGGCACUUGUUCCUCCCGUGGCAUCGUCAAUGUGACAGUCACUGCCACCAGCGAUGCUGAUGAAUCUGCUCAAACGCUCAUCUACCAGACUAACUUGUACGAGAAAUACGACACGAUCUAUACUGGUCAUGUGGAUGUCAGCGACAGCUCUUUCCGCCCUCGUGUCAAGUUGACUCCGAUAACAGGCCAAGGGGACAAUGUCACUGUGGUGGCCUCCAUGGUUCAGUUCGUGGCGCACUCCUUAUCGGGAUAUUCGAGCGAUGACUUGAAUGGUCUAUACGACUACAAUCCGUCGGGUGAAAGCACGAAUGUCACAGAAUCUGCCAUCGACCAAGCAGGGCUGGCACUUGAACACGGCGCUUCCGUCCUCAGUUUGGCCAGUCAUGGUAGCACCAUCUAUGUCGGCGGCAAUUUCUCGAGUUCCAAUAUCGAAAACGUCAUGUAUCUUGAAGAGGACGGAAAUGCGACAGCAAUGCCAAAGGGUGGUCUGAACUCUAAAGUGACUAGCAUGACGGUUUUGGGCGAUUAUCUCUACGUCGGCGGAAACUUCACGGAUACGUUUGCCGGUGGAAACGACGGUCUCAGCUACGUCGCAGCGUAUUCCUUCAAUUCGGCGACGUGGUCAGCACUAGGCGCGGGUGUCAAUGGCCCUGUCAACAGUGUCCUUGCUCUCUCGCUUAAUGUGUCUAUGGACCUCAACGAGACAAUCGUUGGUGUCAGCGGAGAUUUCGAUCAAUUGCUUCCCUUUGACGACAGUCCGUCGACGAAUGUCUCUGGCUUUGCCGUGUGGGUCCCCUCGCGCAACAACUGGCUUCAGAAUCUCAACGUCAGCCAGCUGGAGUUUGCCGGCCAAUUGUCGGCUUUUGCAGAGGCUGAUAAUGCAACCAUCCUUGCCGGCAGUCUUUCUUCCGGCGGUAUUGCUGCUGCCGGCGCUGUAGCUCUCCUCUACGAUAAUGCCCUGGGCCUGGAGCCUUUGCUGACAGAUUUUAACACAAGCGGUCAGACCUUCACAGGCAUAUUCGAUACCAGCUCAGGCAACAACCUUACUAUCCUUGGAGGCCAGUUCACUACCAAUGCGACUAACGGAUCUGCGAUCGAGAACCUCGCUAUACUUGACGGCAGCACCGGUACCGUCCGUGGAUUGGGAGCAGGCAUUGACAGUAACUCCACCUUCUUGGCAUUGGCAAUUUCGGACAAGAUCCUCUAUGCCGGUGGGAAUGUUACUGGAAGUGUAAGCGGUUCGACUCUGAAUGGACUUGUUGCGUACAGCAUGGACAACAACACUUUUUCCGAGCACCAGCCACCCCGAUUCAUUGGCGAGGAUGUGACGGUUAACGCUAUUGCUCCCCGCCCUAGCUCGAACGACAUCUACAUUGGGGGGCGCUUUCAAAGCGCUGGUGCUCUCCCCUGCCCGGGAGUUUGCUACUGGGAUACGGAAGAUCAGCAGUGGAAUCGACCAGGCGCGACUUUGAAUGGAACCGUGCUGGCGCUCAAGUGGCUGAACAGCAAGGAAUUACUGGCAGUUGGAGACCUCACUGUCAGUGGGAAUCAGUCACUAGUCGCCACCUAUGUUGUGAAGAAACAGAAAUGGCAGACCUUCGAAGGGGCUUCCUCAUCCGAUAUCCCGGGAACUAUCACCGCAUUUACCCCGGCCAAUACCCAGGUGACUAAAUUCUGGCUUGCGGGCGUGUAUACCAACGGCUCCAGCUUCCUUGCCCAAUAUGACGGCUCCAGCUUCCAAUUUGUGAGGAACAUGUUCGAUGAUGGGACCGAUAUCCGUGGACUCGAGGUCCUGCCCAUCAACCAAAACCAUGAUGACGUUAGCGUUCUAAACGACGACCAAAUGCUUCUGGUCACCGGUCGGCUUCAGAUCCCUGAUUUCGGAAAUGCCUCUGCGGCCCUGUACAACGGGACGACCAUGCAGCCUUUCCUGCUGUCCUCGAAACCCGAUGGCCAACCGGGCAGUAUGGCCCACAUGUUCUUCCAGAACCAGAACCCCUACACAAGCGGAGGCAAGCACCUCUCCAAUGGUAUCGUCGUGCUCAUCUCCUUCUGUUGCGCUCUCGGCUGCGUCUUCUUGAUUGUCAUCGCCGGCAUCAUCUUCAAUAAGAUCCAGCGCCGUCGUCAGGGCUACAUGCGGGCUCCGCAAGGAUUUGGCACCGAUCGGCCCUCUAACAUGCGGAGACUUCCUCCGGAGUACCUCUUCAACUCCAUCAAGCAACCCAACCCGGGUGCACCAGCCAUCUGA